AUGGUGCUUGCCUGUCUUUUAGAAGUACACCAGAUCGUAGAGCAGGCACUGAAAAAGUACAGUGCAGAUCGCAUCGGGCUGGUGGAUUAUGCCCUGGAAUCUUCAGGGGCCAGCAUCGUCAGCCGCCGCUCGUCACGACUAUGGCAUGAGGACGGAGUGGUCGGCCAUUUCACUCUUUUUGGCAUCCCCUUGUGGCGCUAUUUCCAGUCCCCAAGACUCAUCCUCCAGCCAGACGUCUACCCUGGCAACUGCUGGGCAUUCAGGGGCCACCAGGGCUUCGUCGUGGUGCGCUUGUCUGCCCGCAUCCAGCUCACUGCCAUCACCUUGGAGCACGUGCCAAAAGCUCUGUCCCCAACCGCUGACAUCCCCAGUGCCCCAAAGGACUUUGUCAUCUUGGGGCUAAAUGAAGAUUCUCAGGCAGACGGGGUGGCCCUCGGGCAGUUCACCUACGAUAAUGCUGGGGAGGCCAUUCAGACCUUCCACUUGGAGGGCAACGACACAGCCCCAUACCAGCUGGUAGAGCUGCGAAUCCUCAGCAACUGGGGUCACCCUGACUAUACGUGCAUUUACCGCUUCAGGGUCCAUGGGAAGCCUGCCACUUAGCCCCGCCCCAGCCUGCUGCCUUCACCCCUUCCUCCUUCAGCCGCCACAAAGCAGCUCUCUCACCUCCUCCUCCCUGCCCCCGCUUAAUCUCUUCUGCCCACUGUGCCUUCUGGGACAGAGACAAAACCUCCGCGGAGCCCUCUUGGCCCACCAGGCCCACUCAGAGAUGGAGAAGACAACCGGCUGAGCCUUUGCUUCUCACAAGGCCAACAACCGGCAUUUGGGGGAAGUUUUCACCCAAGAUCACCUGCAGUGGCAUUUAGAAACAGCUCG